AGGAGCAGGCGGGGUGGUGGGGGCUGCAUCAGCGGCAGGAGCGGGUUGGAGACCAAAGAGCGGGAGUAUCCCUGAUCAUCUUCCGCGGCUGCCUUGAGCCGGAGUGACGGCGGCGCCAGAGGCCAGCGCUGCUGCUGUUGCUGCUGCAGGAAACGUGGCGGGUGUUUCUCCGCAGAGGCGGAUCAGAAACGUGGGUCGUGGCUUGUGGCUGGGCGCUUUGGCGAAAGAGAGAGGAAUCCCUUGGCGCAAACAUGCUGCUGCCUCGCCCUUUGAUGAAUGCCACCCCUUCCCCCUGGAUCGCUCCCUUGGGCCAGAAGGCACGUCCAUCAUCACAGGACCAUGAAUCCAAGAAAAGCACAGUCCCCGUGUCGGAGUGGACGCAAAAGCUGACUUGGUUGCUCAUGCCAAAGCAAAAUUGUGACUUGGGAGAGGAAAAAUGAGGUGAAACCCAGCAGAGGAUUUUUUAGUGAUGCCUGAAGGGGAAAAAGAGAGCACAGAUUAAAAACUGGAGCACAAUUUAAGAAUAUAAAUGGAUAACCUGAUUUUUAAACAAAGGAUGCCAAAAAAAAUGGAGAAAGUAAAAGAAAGCCUGUGCCCUCCACGCAGCAAAAGCUUCACUUCUGAACCAAUUAUUAAACCUCUGUGGGAAAUGCAAACAGGUGAAAAAUUAUAUGAAUGUAUGCACUGUGGAAAAAACUUUAGUGAGAGAGGAAAUCUUAUUAUACACCACAGAACCCACACUGGGGAGAAACCACAUAAAUGCCUGGAGUGUGGAAAGUGCUUCAGCCAGAGUGGGCAACUUACUAUGCACCAUCGAAUCCACACUGGGGAAAAACCACAUAAAUGCUGGGAGUGUGGAAAGAACUUCAGCAUGAGUGCAGAUCUUAAUAAACACCAUAGAACCCACACUGGGGAGAAACCACAUAAAUGCUUGGAGUGUGGAAAGUGCUUCAGCCAGAGUGGACAUCUUACUACACACCAUAGAACCCACACUGGGGAGAAACCACAUCAAUGUUUGGAGUGCGGAAAGUGCUUCAGCCAGAGUGUACAACUUACUAUACACCAUCGAAUCCACACUGGGGAGAAACCACAUAAAUGCUGGGACUGUGGAAAAAGCUUCAGCAGGAGUGCAGAUCUUAGUAAACACCAUAGAACCCACACUGGGGAGAAACCGCAUAACUGCUUCGAGUGUGGAAAGAGCUUCAGCACCAGUGGACAACUUACUAUACAUCACAGAACCCACACUGGAGAGAAACCACAUAAAUGUUUGGAGUGCGGAAAAAGUUUCAGCCAGAGUGGAGAUCUUACUAUACAUCAUAGAACCCACAUUGGAGAGAAACCGCAUAAAUGUUUUGAGUGUGGAAAGAGCUUCAGCACAAGGGGAGAUCUUACUAUACAUCACAGAACCCACACUGGGGAGAAACCGCAUAAAUGCUUUGAGUGCCGAAAGAGCUUCAGCACGAAGGGAAAUCUUAGUAAACACCAUAGAACCCACACUGGGGAGAAACCACAUAAAUGUUUCGAGUGUGGAAAGAACUUCAGCAGGAGCGAACAUCUUACUAUACAUCACAGAACCCACACAGGAGAGAAACCGCAUAAAUGUGUGGAGUGUGGAAAGAGCUUCAGCAUGAGUGGAGAUCUUAAUAAACACCAUAGAACCCACACUGGGGAGAAACCACAUAAAUGCUUGGAGUGUGGAAAGAGCUUCAGCUCAAGGGGCAAUCUUGAUAAACACUAUAGAACCCACACUGGGGAGAAACCAUAUAAAUGUUUGGAGUGUGGAAAGUGCUUCAGCCAGAGUGGAAACCUUGCUGUACACCAUAGAACCCACACUGGAAGAAUGAAGGCACAUCUUACUGCGCAUGUGCAAACUGAAAAUCAUGAAACUGCAGAAAAGCCCAAAAAUCUCCCUCCAUUUGUGAAAUAUAAACCAUUCUGAGAUUUCUGCUUCUGUUUUCUCUUGCUUUCCUCUGAAUGGAUUUAUAGAUGUGUUUUGUAUCGGUGUUAUGAAUAAAUGUUCAAAUAGA